GAUGACAUUGAUACUUACCAAACUUCUCCGGGAACUUCCUAACCAUGUAAAUUUUAAGAAAGAUUUCAGCAUCUGCAUUUAUAUAAUUGCUUAUUUUAGAAAUUCUUUAACGUUAAAUAUAAACCGGCCUUAUAGUUUUCCUUGUAAAGAAGCAAAUGUGACGUUGGAAAAAUCCCCUACUCCGAAGCCUAAUUCUAAUUAACACGAACGAGUUUAUUUGAAUAUAUCAUACAUAAAAAUUGAAGAAUCCGUUUGACGAGCAUUUUACUUUAAAGAAACUUAUAAGAUAAUUCAUGAACUAUGGUGUGGCCACCGUUAUCUAUGACUAUAUAAAAUGCAUUGAACUUUCACUUUCGUUUUCACAAUCGUCUGUAAAUCUGCGGCUUUCGAGGGUCGUUUGGAAAAGGUCCAGAAGUUGGUGUUUGGAAAAUGGGAGGCGGCAGCAGUAAGCCUACUGAACCAUCCAACCUUAAUGAAAUCCUCCGAAGAGCGAUGCCUGUGCAGCAAGUGGUGCGAGUGGUGGAACAGGAGAGGAAACCAAAGAUCCUUGAUAAACCAUGGAGGGAUGUUAUGUGGGACGGGAGUGCACGAACCAAAAUCUUGAAAUUCCUGAAAGAGUACAAGCCCCCUGUUGAUUCAGUGCCUCGGGCUCGGAUUCUUCUAAUUGGUUUAGUUGGUGCUGGAAAAUCAAGCUUCUUCAACUCCAUCAACUCGAUCUUCCGUGGCAACAUAACAAGCCAAGCUGAAGCAGGAGACAUGGGAACCAGCCUGACCUUGAAGUAUCGCACUUACAAGGUAAAGGCAAGCCGAGGUGGACCGCCUCUGGCAUUCCUACUGUGUGACACUAUGGGAUUGGAGGCAGCUGCAGAUGGAGGGGUGAAAACUGAAGAUAUAGUGAGCAUCCUGAAGGGCUACGUACCAGACAGGUACCAGUUCAACCCUGUGCAGGAAAUGGUUACUGAUGACUGUCAGACAUGCAGCGAAAUGCCACUUCAGGACAGGAUCCACUGUGUGGUGUAUGUGAUAGAUGCCACCAAACUUGCAAUUAUGCCCCAAGGAAUGAAGAACAAAGUUGAUGAAAUCCGAAAGAAAACAAAGUAUCAUGAAGUCCCUCUAAUGGUGCUACUGACCAAAGUGGACAAAGCGUGCCCACUUGUUGAAAAGGAUUUGAAGAACGUCUACCGUAGCUGCUACAUAAAGGAGUUGAUCGAUAAAGUGCAUCAAAGUCUGGGCAUCCCAGUGUUAAAUGUGCUUCCAGUGAAGAAUUACUCUCAUGAGCUUGAUUUGAAUGACACCUGUGACAUCCUGCUCCUCACCGCCAUGCAGAAGAUGCUCAACUUUGCUGACAAUUGCUUUGACAACUGGGAGGAAGACACAGACUAGAUGAAUACAUUAUAUCUGGGGGCAAUGCUGAUGCCUCACUCUGAUGCUGUCGAGAGCUGCUGUCCAUGUUCUUGUGUUUCUUGUGUUCUAUAACACACAUUAGGUCCCCGUAAACCUGCAUUAGCCUAUUUCCUUACCUUUCCUUACACACAAACCUUUUAACACCUUGGAUUCAAAAUUCUCUUUUCACUUUGGUAUGAAUGAAAAAUGCAUAAAUACAAUCAGAUAUAUAAUACAUGAUCAAGUAUACACUGUGGAAGUUAAAAAAAUUGGACGGACAAAAAAUGAAAUACUGGCUCCUUAGAGUAGGAGAGGUAUCCUGUUAAUUGCAUCUGUUCGAACAUGGAUUCCCCCGAAUGCAAAGAAGCCCCAGACUGACAAAUCAACAUACUUUUCAUACUGUGCCUUUUCUGCUAGUGAUGCUCCUGCACAAGCUCACCAGCUGCUCACCUGCUGUUUUCUUGCUAGAUCAUCUCCAGUUCAUAUAAUCUUCCAAGGCCUUUCACUCCCUAUCCUCUCAAAUCUUGCCUUUCCUUACUCACUCUCAUCAUUUCUGACAACCUCCAGACACUUCAUUAAAAAUAAUAUAACAUUUCUAUACUUUGUACAUCAAUUUUGAGAGUAUACGUAUCACAUGUUCUUAAGCUACACUGAUUCAGUUAUUUGAUUCCUUCCCACUGAAUCUAAGUAUUCCAUAUUACCCAUGUUCUCUAAUCCAGCAAAGCAAGAGUCAGUCUCACAUUCACCACCACUGUGUUCUACACAAAGCGACAGCCAGGGUAGGUUCUACGCAAACUAAGAGCUUCCUCCCAGACGGGAGAGUAAUUAUGGGUCAUGGGGGCACACUCUGAAACCAGGCACAAACCUCUUAGUCACAUUUGUAGUGAAUAACCAUAUUUUCAGUGAAAAAAUGCCCAAGGCAUUGACCACAAUCCCAGUAGCUCUCAGCUCUCUUACUUAUUAAUUUUUUAGGGGUACCAGACUUAGGUAAAUUUCUCUUCCACAACACUGUAACCCUACACUGGAUUAGAUGCUAAGCUAAUAAAAAUAA